AUGGCUUUCUUGGGCCUCCGAACAGGUGGCGGCGGCGGUGGCAGUGGCGCUAACGCUGGAGCUACCACAGGCAGCACACCGACAUCCCAGCGCGGUGGUCGCACUGGGCCUGAAGCUGGUUCCGGGCGGGUGAGGGCAGUGGUCGACUCUCCCACGGGUUCGAGUGCCGCUGCUGCUUCGCCUGGUGCGGGUCGCGGCGCAGCUGAGCGUCAGGCUUUUGCGAUCAUUGAAGAGCGACAGCGCAUUCGGAAGCGAGCUGCUGGAAAUGAGCGCACUGAGGAGAAUCUGGACACCUCCAACACGGAGCAAAGCGACGGCAGUGGCUACAUUCUCGGGCCGGUUGUGGCAACGUAUAUUCGCGGCCGUUUCCUCGGCAAAGGCGGCUUUGCGAAAUGCUACGAAAUGACGGAUGCGCGCACGCAGCGCGUCUACGCUGGAAAAAUUAUUGACAAGAGCACCGUGACGAAGCUGCGAGCUCGCCAGAAACUUCGGAGCGAGAUCCAAAUCCAUGGAUCGUUGCGACAUCCGCAUAUUGUGCGCUUCGAGCACUUUUUCGAGGACGAGGAUCACGUCUACAUUUUACUCGAGCUGUGCGACGCACAGAGCAUGAUGGAACUUUUGAAACGACGCAAACGUCUGACGGAACCCGAGUGCCGCUACUUUAUGAUGCAAAUCCUGGAGGCGGUGGAGUACAUGCAUCGCAAUCGCGUCAUCCACCGCGAUAUUAAACUCGGGAACCUAUUCUUGACCAGCGAUUUGCAGAUCAAAAUUGGAGAUUUCGGCCUCGCGGCAAAGCUCGAGUACGAUAAUGAGCGCAAGCGGACCAUGUGCGGCACCCCGAACUACAUCGCACCGGAGAUCCUGUGCGGCAAGAACGGACACAGUUACGAGGUUGAUAUCUGGAGUCUCGGGGUCGUUCUCUACACCAUGUUGAUUGGCAAGCCGCCAUUCGAGACCGCGGAUGUGAAGACAACCUACAAACGGAUCAAGGCCAACAUCUAUACGUUCCCUUCGCAGGUACAGAUUAGCCGCCCCGCUCGUGAUCUCAUUGUGUCCAUCCUGAAUGCAGCGCCAGAGGGCCGGCCCCAGCUCUCUGAUAUCUGGUGCAGCGAGUUCAUGCAAGGCCCUGUGCCCCGUUGCUUGCCGCGCAAGGCGCUCGAUGAGGAACCAACACUCGCAGAAAUAGGUCUCGAUUUCGCGUCUGGGGCCGUCCAAGCAGCUGGUAUGCGGUAUCAUGACAGCGCGGAUGGCGCGACGGGCCCCCGGUUUCCCAGUGCGGCUCAGAGCGUGCAACAACAGGCUUGCUCAAGUACCUCUGCACGAGAGAGAAACCUCCCUGCGGUACAGGGCAUCACUCAAAAGGGAACCUUUCCGCGAAAUCCGUUCACGAAGAAGCAUACAGGCACCGGGCCGGUCGCAGCACUGGAGAAGCCGCAUGCAGGUUCAGCGCCUGGGAAUGCCCUUGGUGUCGUGCACCUGCUGGAGCGUAUGGAGCUUGGUACCGCAGAAGCGCCAGCACACACCACUGCCGAACGCAUGCACACGGACGGCAGCGCCAACCUGACCCCGAUGAGCGGCGCGCGUGCGUGUGCAAUGCCUCCGCCCGCAUGCGAGAGCGCCAGUCGGCACGAUCGACAGAUCAUUGCGGCAGCGGGAAACGAUGCUGGCGGCCACUGGGACGCAGCCGAUAUGGAUGAGGAGGAGCGGGGCAUGCUCAGACGCGCCCAGCACGAACUAGCCACGAGCUUUGCACGCUUGCCGCCAGAGGCCAUGAUCCCGACCUCGGCUGCUCGCAGUGCAUCGCCAUCGGAGGUACUGGGACCCCCUGGAGCGCGCUCUGGGGCUCAGUCUCGAAGUAGUGCCUCGAGCGCUGCCUGCGCGCAAGCGGGUGACCAGCGAGGUGCCUGCGGAGGCGGUGUGCUCGCGUCGCCGUUCCAGAUUGCGGAUCCGACGCGCACCGUUCAUAUGGGCGACCUGCCAGCCGACUGCAAGACCACGCCACCCGAAGUCUGGAUCUGCAAAUGGGUGGAUUACACCUCCAAGUACGGUGUUGGGUAUCAGCUUUCGAAUGGUGAUUACGGGGUUUAUUUCAACGAUGCAACCAAAAUCAUGCUGCAUGCGGGCGGCGAUGCCAGUGCGAUCGAGUAUGUGGAGCGAAAACGCUUGGCGUUUGGAAGCUACGACGACUGGCAGAUUUUCACCUGGAAUGACCAUCGAGAGAGCCUGCGUAAGAAGGUAACGUUACUGCGGCAUUUCCGCCAACACCUGGAUGAACACCAGCCGCCUGGCCAGGAGCCGCCAGUGGCGCAGGGUACCGUUCCGGGUAGCGCAGGUGCUGCUGCUGCAGUCCAGCGGCCGAUUUACCUCAAGCGCUGGAUGCGAACGCGCCAUGCAAUGAUCUUUCGGCUGAGCAACCGUGUGAUUCAGGUCGACUUUUUCGACACAACACAGCUGGUGUUGUCGGCAGGCCACGGUAUUGUGACGUACCGCGACAAACUCGGGCGACGUAUCCAACUUCGGCUUCAUGCGAUUCCCAACUGUCCCGAAUUGGUCAAGCGACUCCGCUAUUUACGUGAUAUCUUGGGGCAUUUGACGCAACAACAACAACAACAGCAGCAGCAACCGGUUCCGCCAGCGCAAGUCUAA